AUGACAUUGCAGUACAAAGUCACGCAUGUUUUUUGUCCUCUGCAACUUCCCAACGGAGAUGACCAUUCUCACUCCAAUGAUCUUGCUCUAUCCGAAGCAGUACGCGACUCGGCAUUCGAGUUUGAUAGGAACCUCGAUCGUCCUGCAAAAACUCAUUGGGAAUGCACGAAGAAGUUGUUGAGAAAUCUCUGCGAGGCGAUUUGUUUUCAUCAGUUAGAAGAAAGUUGUGUGGCGUCCCAGCUGGAAUCUAUGACAGCAGGAGAUGUUGUCAGCUAUCUUAUCCGCGCUCAGAACGCGGCUGUUGUGUUUCGACGAGGUGCAGAGGAAACCAUCGCGGAAACAUUUGAAGUGUCCCCCACUGCGGCGGCGGUCAUGGGUUCCUGCGGUAAACUUGUGUGUUCAUACCCAGGCCCGGCGAUUGCCGUUCCAAACGUGGUUUUUGACGACGCUGUAUUCCGCCUCGAACUUGCUCAUUUCCUCUGCGAGAUGGACAAAGACAGUCUUGACGCGGCUCCCACCACCUGCAAGGCGGGUUCCAUGGUUUCCGAGGAACGGGAUACAGUGCACCCUCGCUAUAUAACGGAGCUGCUGACUGGCAUCUUACGAGCUGUUGGCAAGCCUGCCGAUGUGCAGCGAAUCAAUAAACGUAUUGGUGAUGACGUCGUAUGGCACGAUGCUCGUCUCCCUUGGCGCCGCUCUUCACUCUGGCUGAUGAUCAGAGUCGUAUUGCAAACUACGCUUUCAGGAAAUGACCUUGGAUUAGACGGCGGAUACAAGCAAUUCAUGUUAUUCUUUAUGAACAGACUCGCCGGCGAAGCUCUGCAUGCCAGAAUGUCCGAUGGCGUCUUGCACUGGAUAUCUGCCAAAAUUAGUCGCCGCCUGACGAAGUUGGGAGAGUCAGCCCCAAUUUGGUUGUCAGCCGCCGUGCUAGAGACAUGCACGAGCGUUCGCAAUCUACUGGAUGAAAGGUGGAGGCAAGUGCAGGAACGCGAUGCCUUUACGCCAACGUGGAAUCCCCAAUCCCUUAACUUCCGGACUGACACCCAGCUCUCGCUACUUGAUAGUCACGAAUAUAUCAGUAACGUCUUGAAUCCAAGCGGCUCCACUUCGCGUCCCGCCGGUUUUGUGACCGGCGGCCACUUACGUGGUAGUUUGGAAAACUUUCUGUCGACAACUGGCGACUUCUUCCGGGAUACCUACAAAGCGGACCCUCGUUUGACACUCUACGAUGUAGAACGCGAGGUUAGCCAUAGCAUUGAUGAUUGGGUUGCCGGGGCCUUGGAAGAUGACGCCGAUGCAGCAUGCGCGAAGCUGGAGCUCCUAGCCAGCAUGUAUUCGUCGGCAGCUAGUGAAACCUACAAAGGCAAUCCAGAAGACUUCUCACGAAUGUUUCUUACCGUUAUCGAAUUAUGGGUUGCAAUCGACAAACUCGUCAUGCGGCAAAUUCCCAUGCUCCUUGAAUACUCCCCUGAAAUACCUAUCUCUCUUCUGGAGCAAUUACUCCUUCGAGAUGCGCACGACAUUCAGCGGCUUUGCCUCGCAUCUGAUUACAUUCGCAAACGUCACUCCGAAGCAAUAAAUGGGCGGUCUGUAUUCUCGGACCGGGCGGACUGUAGCAACUUCGCAGUGCGCUAUUUCCAACAAGGUUCUCACUUGCAAGCCUUGAGGGACCGCAUCGUCGACGCCGCUCGUCAGGACCGUCGGGAAAAGGUUAAUGAGCUCAGGCGGUCGGUCGAGCGCUACUACAAUAUCAUAGGGCGGGCUGCAGGCAUGAAUCAUGAAUACUCUGUUGAUCAUCGUGGGAGGAGCUACCACAGUUAUGAUUGCAGGAAGUGUCGUCUUGAAGCCGAGUCGAAAAUCGGGAUCACGGUACACGAAUGGCCCCUCCCGGAGGAUUUUUAUCGUGUCGCAGUAGUUGUCUUUGAGCUAAAUCGCCCGCCUGCUUUCGAUUUGUGGCGUUCGGUCAUUUGUAUCCUUCUUAUUGAUAUCUGCUCUCCGCAGCUGACGCGGGGAUAUCCUCAUACUUGUCUAGAAGGAUAUUUUUCGCUAGGCUCCUACUACACCGAACACGCGAGGACUCGUGUCACGCUGGCUUCCGACACGAAACCCUUCAUACACUCUCACUACCGGGCAACCUAUGUACCAACCGAUGAGAGCACAGUCUGCGUCAACAACGGACUUAACUUUUACUACUACGACAAACGUUCCCAUGUCUCUGUCACUGACGCCUUCGGCACCGUGGAUAUAUCUAGCCCUUGUUCCCAUCAGCUCCCACCAGGUCCGUAUCAAAACUUACAGGACUACCUUCGGUAUACAGCGCACACCUCAAAUCAGGUGUUGUGCAGCCAGGCCAACUGUGACAAAGAGCUUUCUAUUCACGAGUUCAUAGCGUAUGGCCAUCUACGCAGUGGUCCCUCUUUGCAGUGGCUCAAUAUCUUGCGGGAGAUUCGUGCCAAUACAUUGACCCUCCGUCGUGACGAAGUCCACAUGCUGUUCGCUCAGGCAGUUAGCCAAGUUGGACCAAUAUCAGAUGAUAGGAAGUUGGUAUGGCAUGUUGAGCUGCAACAUACGCAUUUCCGUCACUCGUUCCUGGGCGAACUUGAAACCCUUGUGUCGACUGUGUCGGGAAACUGGUUGGAGGGUACGACAAUGGAUACAGUUUCAUUUGUGGUCGCUAGGAUGCUUUCUGCGAGACCUGCAGUCCAAGACCAUAGCUAUCAUCGAGCUCUCGAGCUACUCCGCACCGUUCGGGAGAAGACGUUCACUUGGGUACUGGAACUCUUUCACAAACUGGAGCAGACCACGUGCGAGGUUGAGAAGGAACAACUUCGAGGACGCCUUCGUGACUCGGCAGCCAUCUGCCGUAGCACUUUUGAUGUGGGUCCUGACGACAUAACUAAGCUUCUCGACUCUACCAGAGCUCUGGAGAUUCUACUGUGCUGUGCGGUGGUCAUCAAUAACAACACCCCUCCGCAGUUCAGUGCCCUUCAUGGCAUGUCAAGGCUCCUUAUGGAACGUGACUGUCGCCUAUCAUGGAAACUGGAGGAACUUGUGGGCACUAUGAUCCUAGAGGGGAAUGAUGGCAUUGAUCUCGGGAUUAAACACUUAUGGCCAGGGUACCGCAGAGGCCCGCAAUGGCAAAAAGCGGGCACUGGUAAUUGUAGUUGGUUCACCACCAAUACGACCAGCUCCGAAGCCCAGCAUUCACAACAAGUGCACUUCGAUAUCCUCAACGGUACUUUAUUGGUGGACGGGCGGCCGAUGGGAAGACUACCGGAUGAGAUCAGGACAGAUCCGAUUUUUACCUUGCUUUUUGGUGCUCAGCAAGCACCGGACGUCCUUCCAGGUGAUAUGGCAGGAAUGGACUACGUCACUCGCGGUUUGAUUGACGAAUAUCGGGUUUACUUCCGAAUGGGAUCGAAUGGGUUGAUAAUUCAGGCCCAAAAAGAAGCUGACCCGGACGUUUUCGAAUUAAUUCCUCUUCAGAAGUUGGCAUCCGAUCUCCCCACUGCACUGGUUGAGAACCACGUGCACUGGAUCAAUCUUACGACUCACACGAUAGAAGUUCGCCCUAUAGAGAAUUUGUGGGGGUCGUCACCCGACAACUGGACGCUUCACUUUUCACCUGGAUGUCAUUCGAUGAUUAGAGGAGAUGCCGCAUUCUUUGAUGUUCGCAGUGAAACCUGGCGGAUGUUGUCUGAGCGACUUCAACCUUUAGAAAAUCCCCGGAACAUCAUUAUCACGCUAGAAAAUUCAAGGGUGUCUGUCAACUUACCACGCUACGGUCUUUCUUUCUUCGUUAACGAUGACUGGGAGUUGGAGUGCUGUAAUCCUCGUGGAAUGGUGUACGACGAAAGCCAAUCUGCGGGAACGUUGAUCGGGCUAGCAAACAAGCUGGUUUUGCGACCUAAGGCCAAUUUAGUUGAUGAAGGCGUCCAGCGACUCUUGCUUAUACCAGAAGGGAAUGUGUCAUUCGCGAGGCAAGGCGAUCAUGUGAAGGUCACGGUCAAUAUAUCGGGUCCUGCGAACAAGCGGUUCCUUUGCCAAAUAUUCCGGAUUGAUACCAACUUUGGAUGUCUAGUUGACAAUGCUAGUGGUAGCCUUGCGAGCAAUCUUUAUAGGGCCUACCUGCACGCACUGACCAGCAAACCGUGUUCAGUGGACCCUCUAACGCAAAGAACUGGUACAGAGGAAGCGUUAUCUAUUUUGCACUCUGCUGCAUGCCGGUCGUUUAUGAAGAUCGAUACUCGCUGCGCCAAGCUUCUGUGUCACAUUGCAGCACUGACCACUCCUCGAACGUGGUACCCCAAACAUCUAAAGUGCAUGCAAACUGUGCAUUGGCUGGCGGGACUUCCGGCUGCAUCUCAGCACCAUGGCCUUUACCUUGCUUGCUCGUCUAUCAAAGAGAUCGAGAUUCUGCAACAACUACAUGACUUUCCUGAUGGUCAAUCUACUUCGCUCUUCAAAGACUUCCCAUCCUGUGACGACCACCUACUUCGUCGUGUUGCAAUCAGAGCUGUGGCACUUUACCCACCAAUGUCGGAUAAUCCCCUUCCAGGUGGUGGAUCCGACUCCGUUUACGAAGCAAGGGAUGUACGGAUAUCAUCUGCUGACGUACUCCGUGCAUACAGCACUGCGCUUGCUGUCUACAAUUGGUCAGCUCAGAAACGUCUAAUGAAUAACAUCCAAGCCUUACUUGAGUCUUGGAACACCACUGUGGGAGGUGUUUCGCGAGCAUUCUCGUUGCGUUACGACAGAAACUGGUUAUCCCACGACCUACCGCAGAUCUGGCUUCCAUUGUAUGAUAGCUGUCGUAGGAGCCAGGCGUCGCGCCAUCGUUUUCAACUCAUAUUUUCCCUGUCCGCCAUGGCAUAUGCCUCUCCGAAGCUCGAAGACAUUGUCGGUACAUUACUGGCCUUCGCAACAAUGCCUCAAUUCAAGAAUGAAAAUCCACCUGACUAUCCCAUCUACAACCUUUCUGAUGGUUACACACCUUCGCAACGUGCGUUGAAUGAGCUCGUUUCCCAGCGGGAAAAGCCGUACAACUACAGCCUAAGUCCAGAGGAGUACAGGGAGCGGCUCCAGCGGGAAAAGAGUGAAGUAAUUGCGAAGACGAUUGCUGCAUGGCCCUCUUUGAACCCCCCUCCAUGCCGCAACCUCUUUUGGUAUGAUACUGCCGCAUUGGACCGUGGUCUCUGCGAAUUGUUUGCGAGUUGUUACCGCAACAUGGAGUUGAAGAAUCACCUGAAUCGCGUUGAGUCAAUUCUUGGCCAAAAACCUUCCCACCCGUUUAUGGGACCCCUUGAUCCGACCUCGCUCGCUAACCGAUCAUUGGAAUAUCUCUUCACUCUAUCUUUGAAAGGUCACAACCCAAUCCACGGGGCCAUGACUCUCGAUGACCUUUUUCAACGAGCUGCGCUUGCUGUACCCCCGCCCCCGAAGUUGGAACUCAACCUAACCCUUUCUCGGUCUCAAACUUGCGGACCUAGCCAAAUGAGCCAGUUGAUUGACGACCUCCGCAGGAAUGCAAACUCGGCGUUUCAACUUAUGUACGCAGAUGGGCUCCAACGGAGUGCGGACCAUCUUAGUCAUGAUCAGACGACCCUGGAAGUAGAUGCUGCCGAAGUUGAACACUUCGUGAAGCUACUCAGAGGACAUUACAAGGAUAGCAGGAAAAUAUACAUGUCCACCCUAAGGUCGCUUGUGGCAUACUUGGGUCCACAAACGACAAGCGAGCGCGCGGUCUACAGCUCAGGUCAGUGGCCACGCGUCACAGCAAAGGUUCUCUUUGGUUGCCUCUCAUCAACAUCGCAAAUUCGAUUGUCUCGUGACUGGCGAGUUUGUUUAAUAGCAUUCACGAAGCUUGCACUAGAGUACCAGCGCACUCGCCGAAUGCUUGCUUUGGCAAAGAAUGGCCGAGCCGAAGAUUUACACAAGGAAAUAGAGAACACCGGUUGCAAUGGUUGGGAGGCAGAGUCGUAUGCCGAUUGGCUAUUAAUCCAGCUGGAUGGAGAUUUCCUCAUCCGUCCUGUCCAAGCAGACGUUGCAUCAGAAAUGAUAGCCCCUCAUUCCGGCCAGAACACCGUUUUGCAGUUAAAUAUGGGCGAAGGGAAGUCAUCUGUAAUCGUACCGGCAACAGCCUUGGUCCUCGCUGACGGAAACCAACUGGUGAGGGUGGUGGUCCCGAAGGCUCUCGCUUCCCAAAUGUUCCAUUUACUCGCACAUCGUCUUGGUGGACUCGCCAAUCGACGAGUCUUUCACUUGCCAUUUUCAAGAUCCUUGGAAAUCGGCCAUUGGGGUGCCAGAGCAAUCCAGGGAAUCCUAGAACAAUGUAUGCGCGAACGUGGCAUCCUCGUAGUGCAACCAGAACAUAUCCUGUCGUUCAAACUGCUGAGUGUUGAGAAACAGCUAGAUGAUACCACGGGCAUCGCCGAGCAACUAUUGCAGACUCAGCGAUGGCUUCAUUCAUACGCUCGUGAUAUCCUUGAUGAAAGUGAUGAGAUCCUGCACGUUCGAAAUCAACUGAUCUAUGCUAUCGGUUCACAGAGACCUCUGGAUGGCGCUCCAACUCGGUGGUCGACCGUGCAACAGAUACUCCAUCUCGCAAAGAAGCAUGCCCUUUCGCUCCACGCAGAUUUCCCGCUCGGUGUGGAAUACGAACAAUAUCACCGUCGCAGUGGCGCUUUCCCUCACAUCCGUAUUCUUCAUGAAAAGGCAGGCGAAGCGCUCAUUUCUAGGAUUGCUCAGGACGUCAUGGACGGUCGGCUACUCAACUUCAAUCAAACGCGUCGAAGCGAGAGGACCGCAAUUCAUGACUUUAUCACCCGCAUGGAUGUUGCCCCUUCCGAAGUCCAAAUGAUACGGGACUACUGUGGAGGCACCACCAUGUGGAUGUCCUUGUUACAUUUACGUGGACUUCUAGCGUCUGGGAUCUUGUUGUUUGCACUAACGGAGCGACGGUGGCGCGUCGGCUACGGACUUGCACCUCCUCGAACUAUGCUGGCCGUCCCUUAUCGUGCGAAGGACUUGCCAGCACCGAGAGCAGAAUUUGGUCAUCCAGAUGUUGCCAUAGCGCUCACCUGUCUCUCGUACUACUACGGUGGUUUGGAUCGGGAGCAGCUGACGUUAUGUUUCGAGCGCCUUUUCACGUUAGAUAACCCAGACCAGGAAUACGAGUCAUGGGUCCGCGAUUGCCUUGAAGUUCCUGAACACCUCUAUCAGAUUAGUGGCAUCAACACUCAGUCUUUGGAUCAGUGGAACUCCUACCUGUUCCCGAUAUUCUCGUACAACCAAUCAACCAUAGACUUCUAUCUUUCACACGUUGUCUUUCCGAAGGAGGCUAAGGAGUCCCCUUCGAAGUUGUCUAGUUGCGGGUGGGACCUUGCAGAAGCGAGAGAGCACGUAACUACUGGGUUUUCUGGGACAAACGAUGCCCGCUAUCUGCUGCCAACAUCCACCAGCCAACGAGAUCUUGAUCACCAGCGUUCUACCAAUGCAAAAGUUCUCGCCUACCUCCUGCGGCCCGAAAACGACGCCUACGUACAAACAUCGUGGGCAGAUGGUCGGCGACGAACAGCCGGCGAAUUUCUUGGGCUUAUAGCGGAACAAAAGCCGGAAAUACGCGUAAUAUUGGAUGUUGGUGCUCAGGUCCUCGAGCUGCAAAACAACGAACUUGCGGCGCUUUGGCUGGAGUUGAAACCCGAUGCGCUUGCCGCGAUCUACUUCAACGACAAUGAUGAGCUGACCGUGCUUUCACGUGAAGGAACCAAGCGAUCAUUUGCAGAGUCACCGUAUGCAAGUCGACUGGACGAAUGCAUCGUGUAUCUUGAUGAUGCACAUACGAGAGGCACCGACAUCAAGUUUCCAAUCGGGUUCCGUGCAGCGGCAACUCUGGGGCCCAAAGUUACGAAGGACCGCUUGGUUCAAGGGUGUAUGCGCAUGCGCAAACUUGGACAUGGUCACUCUAUCAUGUUUUUCGGACCUCUAGAGGUCGACAGAAGCAUCCGCAAGGCAGCUAGAAAAAAUCGUCGAGACAGGAUACAUCCGGCAGACAUCUUGUUAUGGGCCAUGGGUGAGACGUGCACGGAGAUCCAGAAUAGUGCUCCCCACUGGGCUCAGCAGGGAAGGGACCACGCUUCGCGGUAUUCCGCUUGGUUGGAGUUCUGCAGCAACAAAAUAACUUGCGAGGAGCUCGCCGCUGCCUGGCGGCAACCGGAUGCAAAAACCUUGGAAGAACUGUACGCGCCGUCCAGUCCUGAGCCGCAACCAACGUUGUCCUUCCCGGCAAUCGAACAGCGCUGCCAAGAGCUUGGGGUUUCCUCCUCGACCCAUUCGAAUAUGGAUGAGGAACAGGAACGAGAAAUUGUACAUGAAAUAGAACGCGAAAUGCAAGUGGAACGACCCCCACCAGCUACCCCAGCGGUGCAUCAGGUCUCGGCAGACGUUCGUCAUUUCGUGCGCACCGGCAUGGUCAACCCUCGAUCAAAGGACUUUAUUCACAUGUUUGACUCAUUUCGCGACCCCACAGCACCUCCCCAAGAGAACACCGUGUGGUCCCGACGCAUCCUUUCAACUUCUGACUACUCCACUGUGGCACAGGGACGAAGUCAAGUAGGAGUUGGUGAAUACCUCCGUCCAGUUAACUGGAUACUCUCGAGCCAAUCGAGUGGGAACCCUCCUCUCGUCAUCCUUAGCCCAUUCGAAGUGGAUGGGUUAUUACCAGACAUCAGAAGCAGCGAAUCUGUGUGUCUUCAUGUCUACACGCCACGAACCCAGGCGAGAAUGCGACCGUGUGACGACCUGCGUCUAUACACAGUUCCUCCCGCUCACCCCGACUGGGUUGCACCAACCUUACUCGUAAACCAGAUCAAUCUCUUUGCUGGGCAGCUGUACCUGCGCGACUACAACACAUAUCUUCGGCUUUGUUACUUUCUCUGCGUUUAUGCCGACGGUCUCCACGAUGAUGAGGAUCUGGAGGUUGAGAGCGAUGGAUUCAUAGCUCCCGCACAUCGCCCUCUGAAGGCGCGAUCAAUUGACACUUUCCAGAAGUCUCCACUUGCUUUCCUCAAGUACGUCACUAACCUGCGUAGGAGGGGGAUGAACUUCACUGCCACACACAUGGGGAAAAUUUUGAAUGGACGAUCGUUGAAGAGAGAAGAUUUCGAAGAUCAGAGGAAAAUUGAAAUAGUACGCAGCGGACCGUCUCAUGGAGAUGCCCGAAAUAUGCAGGAUAAUCUGUCUGCUGAAGCUGAUUACGCGCUGUUGUUUUUCGCUUUUGAUAUUGUGGUCCAGUUGCUCCGUAUGUGCAUUGUACGAUAG